AUGGAACAUGGGACCGCCUCGACUGGCGGCAGCGGCGACCGCCGUAAGACUGUAUCCGGACCAUUCCCUCCCUUCGACGUCAACUACGCCGAAAACGAUGGCCACAUCAAGUUUUCCUCCGAGACAAUGCGCUUCCCAUGGAGUGCCACCGAUGCCCCGUCCUCGCCGACUACACCUACCGGACCAGUAGCGUCGACACAUAGCAAAUCAACAGCCCACAAGCGCAGCCUGAGUGGCAGCAUACUGGCCAAGUUCAACUUCCUCGGACGACCGCCUUCCAGAGGGGAGCAAGAUGGACCACCCACUCCGAAAAGCCCCAAGAGCACCAAGAGCAGGAAGAGCAUCGACGAUGACAACGAGACGGCUGUCUCACCUGUGUCGCCAGUCAAAGGCGAGAGCGCCAUGGCGGCAGCGUUGAAGUCCACCAAGACGCGAAAGCGCAAGGGCUCGCUGCGAAAGACUGCUCUACUAGGUGGACGAAGACUGGUCACGGAGGGCAGAGAACGGAAGAAUAGUCUUCUUCAGCGGAGCCCUUCGUCGAAACAAGUCACACCUGUGCCUGCACAACAGCCACUCCCAGUUGGUCCUGCAGAACCUAUCGCGGUGGACUUCAAUCAGCCGGUAUAUGCACAGAGCAACGAUAGCAAUAGCAGUCUGCGCAACAACUUCAGCUAUGAAUCAGUGGACGCGAACAAUAGCAGUGAUAGUGGCUGGUCAGAAUCUGCUGCGGCUGCAUCGGCGCGACUGUCACUUCUCACAGAGCACAAAGCACAACACACGGAUCGAAAGACAUCGACAGAACUCACGAGCCCCCUUGAGCUCAAAAGCCCUGUCAGCCAAGCGAGCUACACGAGCACAACCGACGACGACGACGUUCUCACUUUCGACCGGUCAGCUAACAGCUUCGCCGCACAAAGUCUGUCACUCCAGCCUCUCUCUCCAACAGCCACCAGCUACUUCCCAUCCGUAGCCUCCGUGUCCGACGUCUCCAUCGCCCGCCGUCUCAGCUCCAAGAAACGAUCCUCACCACUUUCCCACAACAUCACAACCUUGACGUCAUUCCCCGAGCCAGAAACGCAUGACUAUACGGAGACCGAGUUCUGGGGCUGGGUCAUCUUGUUCGUCACUUGGCUUACGUUUACUGUUGGGAUGGGAAGUUGCUUGGAGAUCUGGAGUUGGGCCUGGGAUGUGGGUGAGACGCCGUCUGCACCGCCGGAUCUUGAGGAUGAUCCUACUUUGCCGAUUGUUGGAUACUAUCCGGCGCUGAUUGUCCUGACGGGUGUGGUCGCUUGGGUCUGGAUUACGGUUGCUUGGAUCGGGAUGAAGUAUUUUAGGCAUGCUAAGAUUGAGGUGUGA